AUGCUCGUCGAAACCCCCACCGACCUCGACUAUGUUAAGACCGAAAAGACCUCUGCGACUGCUUUAAGCGUAUAUGGAGGAACGGAUAUACAGUCCGAAAUUCUUCUUGAUGAUCAAGAGGCAGCGUCUGCCUUAUGCUGGGCCGCGGGCAAUGGGCAUCUUGGUGUCAUGAGACUUCUAAUCUCUGUUGCCCGCGCGGAUAUCAAUGCUGUUCAUAAAGGAGUCACACCAUUGAACUGCGCAGCUAUUCGGGGCUCUUAUGUCGUUGCCCGCCACAUCUUGUCGUUGCCAGGGACAAACGCCAACGGGAACCCACAGGGCAUGUCUGCACUAUGGUAUGCGGCAGCGCACAACAGCUCUGAUGUUGCAGAGCUACUCCUUCGCCGAGACGACGUGGAAGUCAAUACACAGGAUGCGGGUGAGCAACAGACACCUCUAGCAAUUGCGGCUGCUCGGAACCACAUCCAGAUUGUCCGCCUUCUCCUUGCUGACAGCCGCACCGACGUGAGCGUCCCGGACGUCGACGGUCGGACGCCUUUACAUCGCGCCACAGAGGCCGGACAUGGAGAAGUUGCUCUGUUGCUGCUCUCAGAUGAUCGGAUUGACCCUACCUGCCGCGACCACCGUGGGCGCACCCCGCUUCAUUAUGCAGCAGCGGUUGGCCUCGAAGAGGUUGCGCGUUGCUUGCUGAGGAACUUCGAUGUCGACGUAAAUGCGACGGAUAAAUGGAUGUCCACGGCCCUUCACAACGCCGCCGGAGGCGGGCACCUAUCGAUAGUCAAUCUGUUGCUCUGUGCAGAUGCAGCGCAAGUUGACUUGAGAGACGAGUUCAAUCGCACGCCGCUAUGGCUGGCAUCCUACUACGGACGCAGAGAAGUAGUCCAGAGAUUGUUACUAGAGGACGUCGACGUGAAUGUGGCAGGUCCGAGCGGGUCAACACCUCUACACCAUGCUACCAAAGACGGAGACCUUGCAUUAACGGAACUGCUCCUCGAACGUCCGGGCCUGGAUCCCAACCGAACUGAUCCACGGGGCCGGACAGCCCUUUGGUUGGCAGCAGAGGUAGGUGAUGUGCAGAUGAUUAUAGCAUUCUUGCGCGACUGCCGGGUGGAAAUGGUAAACGACGACCGUGGUCAGGGGCCCGUACACAUUGCGAGGAUCCGAGGGCACACCUAUGCCGUCCGGCUCCUUGAAGCCAGGAUGCCUAGGGCAGGAGCCACAUUUCUUCCGGCUAUGGCUUCGCGCUCCAGUUAA